AUGGCCAUUACCAAAUUUCUCAAGGCUUACCUUCCCGUCGCCGUCGUCGUCUUCUUUUUCGUCCACAAUGUUUCCUCCAUCGGAAUAAACUACGGCACCGUAGCAAACAACCUCCCGCCGCCCAAACAGGUGGCGCAGCUCCUCCAAUCCACCAUCAUCAGCAAGGUCAAGAUCUACGACACCAACCCCGAAAUCCUCGAAGCCUUCUCCAACACCGGAAUCGACAUAAUAGUAUCCGUACAGAACUCCGAAGUCGCCAAUCUAAGCUCCAGCCCCGCCGCCGCCGACCGGUGGUUCACUUCUCAUGUCGCUCCUUUCAUUCCGGCGACAUCCAUAGUCGCCAUUGCAGUCGGCAACGAGUACUUCACAACUGCAGCAGCCGGAGAUGCCGGCGAUCCCAACGACGCAUUAUUCCAGGCCAUGCAGCACGUGCAUGGAGCAUUGGUGGCACGUGGCCUCGACCGGAAGAUCAAGGUCACCACGCCGCACAGCAUGGCGGUCCUUGCGUCGUCAUUCCCGCCGUCAGCUUCCACUUUUGCUGCUAUGCUCCUCCCCGCAAUGACGGCCAUCGUCGGGUUCUUGGCCGACACCAGUGCGCCGUUCAUGGUGAAUGCGUACCCCUACUUCGCCUACCGCGACAAUCCGAAGACGAUCGAUUUAGAGUACGCAUUGCUGGGGAAUGGGACAGGGGUUGGUGAUCCGAAGGGGUACACGUACCACAACAUGUUGGAUGCGCAGAUUGACGCUGUUCGAUCCGCCAUCGCCUCCCUCGGAUUCGGAAACCGUUCGAUCAAGAUAGUCGUGUCAGAAUCUGGGUGGCCAUCGAAGGGCGACCCCGGAGAAACCGCAGCAACACCUGACAAUGCAAGGACUUACAACACAAGAUUAGUGCAACGCGCGCAAACAAAUAAAGGGACUCCGAUGAAGCCCAACGAGAGCAUAGAGAUAUUCGUGUUCUCCUUGUUCAACGAGAACAAAAAGCAGGGCGGAAGCAGCGAGAGGAACUUCGGCAUAUUUUCUGCCGACGGUUCUAAAGUGUAUGAAGUGGAUUUGACCUGCCAGUUCUGUUCGGAAAAUGGGGAGAAACUCGGAUUCGGUGAAAAGCCACCCGGGGCAGGAAUCAACAGGGGUCCAUCCGUGUGGUGCGUAGCGAAACCACACGCCGAUGAGAAGGUGAUCCAGGCGGUGGUGGACUUCUGCUGCGGACCUGGAGGAGUCGACUGCAGGGAAAUCAACAAGAAAGGAAACUGUUAUGCACCAGAUAAGAUACAUGCACAUGCUUCGUAUGCCAUGAAUGCCUACUAUCAGAUGCACGGAAGGAACUACUGGAAUUGUGACUUCAAAGGGACGGCCUUAGUUACCUUCACCGAUCCAAGCUAUGGACAAUGCAGAUAUGCACAACAGUAAAGGCACACAGUGAAAACUUCAAGAAUUAUUACCAAGGGGAAGAGGGCAUUGGAUGCUUUUGAGGAUGUCAAAUUCUCGAUUGCUGUUCUUUCCUCUCUGUAUGUCAA